GUAUAAGAGAUUGAGAGAGAGAUGCGCGUUCGCUCACCUCCAAACUGUGACGAGAUUUCUAGCCACGCGCGUCAGCUUACGUGCACGCGAUGGGAAAGGGGUACGCUAGACGCAUCGAAGCUGAAGCGAAUGCGCGCGCAGAAUGACAGAAGGGCGUAUAGCAUUAAAAAGACCAAAAAAUAAAUCCCAGACAAAAUUCGACCCAAUUAAUGACAGCAUACAUGAAUAGUUAUUCAGGGAGAUUAGAAACCCUUCUGUAUCACAACACAAUCGUAGUGCUUGUUUACAGAGGUGCACGGGAAUGCCGCGGGAAAACGAACCCUGAAGCGCAAACUGCCGCAGCGGAGUGUCUUUUGAGAAGGUGAGCAUCCACCCCGAAGAUGACGAGGAGCGCGCGAUCGUGAUUGUUUGGAUUUUUUUAAUAUUUUUUGGAGAUCGUUUUUGUCCUUACUAAUCGUCGGGAUGACGAGAAUGAGCUACGCGGAUCCAACCUCUAGUCGAGAUCUGCUGGGGAGUCGCUCCCUCUGUUUCAUCUUCAUCUGUGCCUUCGCUCUGGUAACACUCGUGCAGCAGAUCCUUUACGGGAAGAACUACGUCAAAAGUGGGCAACAGUUUAGCCGACUGCGCGGAGAUGAGGCAGGCAACUGGAGCGGAUUAAACCUGCCAGACGACUCUCCACUGAGGCCUGGGAGUUUUAUUUCUGGCAGGUUUCUGGAGGCCUCUAAUGGGGCUUUGGAGUUCAAUUCAACCUCCUGUCAAAUGCUGAGGAAGGAAAUCCUGGAGGUGAAGGUCCUCACUAUGGUGAAGACCUCCGAGUUGUUUGAGAGAUGGAGAAAUCUGCAGGUGUGCAAGUGGGCACAGAACAAGGAGGAGACCAACAACUUUAAGAUGUCUCUGUCUCGGUGCUGUAAUGCACCCUCCUUCCUGUUCACCACAAAACGGAACACGCCGUCGGGCACCAAGCUGCGCUAUGAGGUCGACACCAGCGGAAUCCUGCACAUCAGCCCUGAGAUAUUUAAAAUGUUCCCUGAUGACAUGCCCUACUCCAGAUCAGAGUUUAAGCGCUGUGCUGUUAUCGGGAAUGGAGGCAUCAUCAAAAACAGCAAAUGUGGGAAAGAGAUCGACUCAGCUGACUUUGUCUUCCGGUGCAACAUUCCACCCAUCUCUGAUAAAUACUCCGCUGAUGUGGGAUCUAAGACUGAUUUCGUCACCAUCAACCCAAGUAUCAUCACAGAGAGGUUCCAGAAGUUAGAGAAAUGGCGCAAGCCCUUCUUCGACGUCCUGCAGACGUACGAGAACGCCUCCGUCAUCCUCCCCGCCUUCUACAACACGCGCAACACGGACGUGUCCUUCCGCGUCAAGUACAUGCUGGACGACUUCAGCUCGGCGCGCGGCGUCUACUUCUUCCACCCGCAGUACUUGCUGAACGUGCAGCGCUUCUGGUCCCUGCAGGGCGUGCGCGCCAAGCGCCUGAGCAGCGGCCUCAUGCUGGUCACAGCGGCCAUGGAGCUGUGCGAGGAGGUGCACCUGUACGGCUUCUGGGCCUUCCCCAUGAACCCGGCGGGCAUCUUCAUCACGCACCACUACUACGACAACGUCAAGCCGCGGCCGGGCUUCCACGCCAUGCCGCACGAGAUCUUCAACUUCCUGCACAUGCACACGCGUGGCAUCCUGCACUUGCACACGGGGACAUGCAGCUGAGUGCACAAACACGCGCAAAGAGAGGGGACAUGGGUACACACACACACACACACACAUACAUAUACACAGACACACACACACCAUAUACACAGACA